CGCACCUUAUCUUACACUGGAAACAACUACACAAUGGGGAAGAAACAAUUACUACACACUGGAAACAAAGUAUAAUUGUUUGGAAUCAAGAAAACCAAAAUCAUCUGCCAACUCUCUCAUAUUAUGGCUCUCCAAGCUUCUUCUUUGCUUCCCUCGUCUACUCUCUGCAUUACCAAAGAGAGUAAGGGAAUUGCUGUAAAAGAGAGUUCCCUCUUUGGAGCUUCGUUGCCAACUAUUCAUAAAGCUGAUUUCUCUCUCUCUUUUAACAAGGAACUAAGGAAAAAACUGUCGAUCGGACCAAUCAAAGCACAGACAGCAGCGACAGCUCCAUCGACCAAUCAGGCGUCAUCGGAAAACAAGAAAACACUGCGCAAAGGCACCGCAAUAAUCACCGGAGCCUCAUCGGGACUCGGCCUCGCCGCUGCAAAGGCACUUUCAGAAACUGGAAAAUGGCAUGUAAUUAUGGCAUGCCGGAAUUUCCUCAAGGCCGAAAAAGCUGCUAAAUCGGUCGGCAUGUCGAAGGAGAACUACACAGUUAUGCAUCUCGAUCUUGCUUCUCUUGAAAGCGUCCGCCAAUUUGUGGAGACUUUCAGACGCUCGGAGAGGUCGUUGGAUGUGCUUGUUUGCAAUGCUGCUGUCUAUUUUCCGACUGCAAAAGAGCCGAGUUUUAGUGCCGAUGGGUUUGAGCUUAGUGUUGCGACUAACCAUCUUGGACAUUUUCUACUUUCGAGAUUGCUUUUAGAGGACCUCAAGAAGUCGGACCACCCGCAAAGGCGCCACAUCAUCGUUGGCUCUAUCACAGGAAACACAAACACGUUAGCUGGGAACGUGCCGCCAAAGGCAAACCUGGGUGAUCUGAGGGGACUCGCCGGAGGACUGAACGGAGUUGGAACAUCAUCGAUGAUAGAUGGCGGUGAAUUUGACGGAGCAAAGGCAUACAAAGAUAGCAAAGUUUGCAAUAUGCUGACGAUGCAAGAAUUCCACAGACGUUACCAUGAAGAAACCGGGAUUGCGUUUGCAUCGCUCUACCCCGGUUGUAUUGCCGAAACCGGACUCUUCAGAGAGCAUAUUCCCUUGUUCAGAAUUCUCUUCCCUCCUUUCCAAAAGUACAUCACCAAAGGUUACGUUUCCGAGGAAGAAGCCGGAAAAAGACUUGCUCAGGUAAUAAGUGAUCCGAGCCUGUCGAAAUCGGGGGUGUACUGGAGCUGGAAUAACAACUCAUCCUCAUUCGAGAACCAGCUCUCGAAAGAAGCGAGUGAUGCAGAGAAAGCACGUAAACUUUGGGAGGUGAGUGAGAAGCUUGUUGGGUUGGCUUAAGUCUUUUAAUGGGGAUCGAAAUUCGAAACCAUUUAUUGUAGAAAUUCAAUGCUCUCAGAUUGAAUGUAACGAGAAAAAAUAAAUUGUUAUAGAGAUGUGAAGAACAAUCGGAAUAGGUUUUAUUCAUGGAACGCCAAAAGAUUAUCUUUAGUACCAUUCGUUUAUGUUUGUUCUUGGUAUAUAUGGAAACAUAAAUGCUGCUAAAGGCUCGUCCUUGCAA